UGACGUCUUAGCGCUGCAUACAUGCAUGCCUCAUACGUGAUACUUGAUACUGACCAUCCAUCGUCGGCUUUGUUCCUCCUGUCGCUUUAUAUAAACUAUUAUGGCAGAUCGCUCGUCCACCCCAUUACUCCAGUCUUACCAUGGCGAUGACAGCGAUGAAGCGCCCGUCUGGCGCAGGCGCUCUCAGGAAUCAUCCUUCUGCCGACAUUUACGACGAUGCCGCAGGACAAGCCAGCGCUUCCUCGAGUCUCGCACAAAACAUUUCGCCGUCAUGGGUAUUGUGGCACUGGAUGUAGCUGCGCUGCUUGCAAAUAUCUUUAUUCAGUUGAUUGCCUGCGAGAUGGAUGAGAAGGAUGAGCCCUGGGUGGAAGAUGUAACCGAAAGUCUGGAAAUCGCAGGUCUAGUCUUCAGCAGCCUCUUCCUCCUUGAACUCGUUGCAUGUUUGUUUGCCUUUGGUCCGCGCUUCCUUGCCUCUUGGUUUCAUCUGUUCGACUCGGCAGUCAUUGUUGCUAGUUUUGUGAUAGAUAUAUUUUCCAGAGGUCUUACCGAGUCUAUUGGCUCUUUGAUUGUUGUCCUCCGUCUAUGGAGGUUGGCAAAGAUAUCCGAAGAGGUGGUAUUGGGCGCUACAGAGAGGAUGGAGAUUCUGGAACAGCAGCUAGAGGACCUCGAAGCUGAAAAUAGUAGAUUACGAGCUCAGCUGGGCAUCGAGUCCUCCAAUCAUUCGAUCAAUGAGUAAACUUAAUACAGGGUGAAAAAAUCGAGUUAAUCUAUUUAUAUACAAUUGUUGCAUUUAAUAUGUGCACUGUUAAUGGCCUCCUAAAGCAAAAUCUUUGUGUCCAGACAUUGCAGAGCUGGUAGGCGAGCUCUGAUUAUGGUAUUAGUACCUAGAUUACUCCCAUCCAUUCCUUCUAUUCGUGACAAACUCCAGAUAUGUAU